AUGUAUGCCCACAGAAGUGCUAGAGCAGGACUACAAACUGAUGGUGAUGAAAAUCUGCCGAGAAUCUUUCUCCAUUCAAUAUACAAAUUUGGUUGGUGUAGACCAGAUUCAAUAGCACCACAAUUUUUGAGAAAAGCCAUCAACAUAUCGCUGCCCACGUGGCAAUCAACACAAGCUAAUUACAUUUAUCUAAUAGAGAAUAAAAACACACAAAGAUUUCACUUGCAAUGCAUCGUAAUGAAAUUCUACGUGCCCAGGAAAUACUUGUUUCGACGUGGCCGUAUUCCUAUGUAUUAUUGCCAAGGACAUGCAAUGGUAAUGAUAUUCAACAACGUCAAUAAAUUGGAGAUCCACGAAUUUUUCAUACACUCCAAACUAAACAUGCCUGCUAAUUUAGCUUUCGAAUUCUUCCAUCCAACGCCAUUAUAA